UAGAAAUGACGUCAAGGCCAUGUUGAUCAGCUGAUUCCGGUUCAUCGAUUUAACCAAGAUAGAACACUUUUUACCUGUUUAUAAGCGUUUUAACACCAGAGGGACUGUAAGAGGUUCAGGUUGGAUAACACUGACAUGCUCCAUUUGGACCGCCAUAAUGGACAAGAUUUUGGAGGGCCUUAUCAGCUCGGGUCACACAGUUCCAGUGAAGAAGGCCAUCGUGAAGAAGGUGGUAGAAGCAGCAGAGAAGGACGUGGCAGCGGAGGAGUGUCGGGCUUUGUUUACUGUCACCACCCGCCUGAUCCUGCUGGGCGAGGAUGCCUUCCAGAAGCAGGUGGGCUUCCAGGUUCUGGAAGCUUAUGCCCGCUAUCACCGCUCUGAGUUUGAGGACUUCUUCAGCAAAGACUUUGUACUCAGUCUGCUCCAGGGAGGCUACGAGCAGCUGGACCGCAAAGAUCCGGCCCUUGUGGACUACAUCCACUGCGGCCUGCGGCUGCUCAUCAGCUGCCCCGCUGUGCUGGAGCUCUUCAGUGUGAUCCAGGUGGAGGUUUUAAGGCUGGUGUGCGAGCGGCCCAACCCGGCCCUCUGCGCCCGCCUCAGCACCAUGCUGUCCGACUUUGUGCAGUGCGUGCCGAGGGACAAGUCCGGCGUUUUGUUCUGCCAGCAGCUGGUGAGGACCAUCAGCUACUUCCACUGCAUGGCUCGUCAAGAGCAGGAGCUUGGGGAGUACGUGGGUCAGGUGACCAAGGUGAGCACGCUGCUGCAGAACAUCUGGAAGGCCGAGCCGGCCACUCUGCUGCCUUCCUUGCAGGAGGUCUUUGCCAUCAUCUCUUCCACGGACCCGUCCUUUGACCCGUCCAUCGCUUUGGCCAGCCUGGUGCAGCACAUCCCGGUUCAGAUGAUCACAGUCCUCAUUAAGAGCCUCACCACGGACCAGAACGUCAAAGAUGCAAACAUGACAAAAGCACUAUGCAGGAUGAUCGACUGGCUUUCCUGGCCUCUGGCGCAUCACGUUGACACCUGGGUCAUUGCUUUGCUAAAAGGACUGGCUGCCGUUCAGAAGUUCACCAUCCUCAUUGACGUUACUCUGCUCAAAAUUGAACUGGUGUUUAAUCGUCUGUGGUACCCCAUAGUGCGACAGGGGGCGUUAGCCGUCCUCUCCCAUAUGCUGCUCAGCUUCCAGCACUCUCCAGAGGCAUUCCAUUUGGUUAUUCCACAUGUGGUCCAUCUGGUCCAGUCUCUGCAGGCGGACUGCCUCCCCACCAGUAAAGCUUUCCUGGUGCAAUUCACUGAGCUUAUACACUGCAUGAUGUACCAGUACUCUGGCUUCCCUGACCUCUAUGACCACAUUUUAGAAGCCAUCAAGGAUCUCCCAAAACCUGGCGAAGAGAAGAUCAAGUUGGUGCUGAAUCAAAGUGCCUGGACGUCCCAGUCCAACUCUUUCACCUCCGGCCCACUGAGGCAGGCUUGUAAGUCCGAGACGGGCAAGACGGGCCUGGUCAACCUGGGGAACACCUGUUACAUGAACAGCAUCCUUCAGACUCUCUUCAUGGCCACAGAUUUCAGACGACAUGUUUUAUCGCUACACCUCAAUGGAUCCAACACACUGAUGAAAAAGCUGCAGCUGCUGUUUGCUUUCCUUGCACACACUCAGAGGGCGGCAUAUGCUCCCAGAAAUUUCUUAGAGGCCUCUCGACCCCCGUGGUUCAAUGUGGGCUCUCAGCAGGACUGUUCAGAGUACCUCCGCUUUCUCCUAGACAGGUUACAUGAAGAGGAGAAAACAAUCCAGGUGCUGGAAUCUACAAAGCCAAGUGUUGCCCCUGCUGCCCUUGUGGACUCCAUCAGCAAAGACCCAAAAGGUCAGACUUCUCCCGAAGAGGGCGCAACGUCCUCUUUGAGUCCUGCGGAAAGCAAAGCAGACGAUGACAGAAGGACUCUGAUAGAGAGGACUUUUGGCGGCAAGCUGGUGACAGGUAUUCGCUGUACGCACUGCAACGGCAUCUCUGAGAAAGAGGAGCCUUUCACCGACCUCUCGUUGGCCUUUUACCCCUCUGCCGCCUCUCAGGACGCCACCAAAUGCGAGGGCCCCUCUGUGGAGCCCAAAGUGGUUUGUCAGGGCUCCGUCAACGGUGGCAGUGAGAUUCCUGUGCCAGGCUCAGCCACAGACCAAGCUAGUCACGUCCACCCUGCGCCAGAGACGAGCAGGCCUCCCCUCUCUGUGCCCGACCUGGUCAACUAUUUCCUGGCGCCGGAGAUCCUGGACCAGGACAACGCCUACUUCUGUGAGAAGUGCAGCUGCCUCCAGCGGGCCGAGAAGACCAUGAAGGUUGUGUCGGCGCCGGAGUACCUCAUCCUCACCCUGCUGCGCUUCUCCUACGACGCCAAGUGCCACGUGCGCAGGAAAAUCCUGGAGAACGUCACCAUCCCGCCACAGUUGUGCCUCCCUGUUCACCACCCGGCUGCGCCCUCGCCGGCUUCCUCCUGCACAUCCUCCCCUCUGCAGGUGGACUCUCCCGAGAGCAGCGAAAACCUGGCCAAGAAGCUCAAGCCCUCUCAGAAAGACGAGGAUGAAGAUGAGAGUGAAGCAGGGAGAGGAGACUUGUCUGUGCAAGUGCACUACGUCCUCAGCUCCGUCGUGAUGCAUUCAGGCAUCUCAUCCGAGAGCGGCCACUAUUACUCCUGCGGCCACAACAUCACAGCAACAGAUGGCGAUCCCACCCGUCGCCUCAAGGAGGAUGUGAGGAACGGACAAGGCGAGUGUGCCGCUCUCCCAGGUUCAACCGGACAAGGCAGCACACCGCCUGCUCGCGGACUGGAGACGAGUGACUGGCUUUUGUUCAACGACAGCAGAGUGACAUUCACGUCCUUUCAGUCGGUGCAGAACAUCACCAGUCGCUUCCCCAAGGACACAGCCUACGUGCUCAUGUACAGGAAGCAGGAGCUAGCGGGUCAGAAUGUGAAUAAAGGACUGGUGGCAAAUGGAUUGAGGCAGAGUGCAGAGCCACCACUGCAGAAAGAGCUCCUGGAUGCUAUCAUCAAGGACAACAAGCUGUAUUUACAGGAGCAGGAACUGAACGCUCGAACCCAGGCUCUGCAGGCCCCCUCAUCCUCCUGCUCCUUCAGGCCCAAUGGUUCAGAUGACAACAACCCACCCGGGAGUUGCGGCCCAUCUGGGGGAGGAGGAGGUGGAGGAGGGGGAUUUAACACCAUUAGUAGACUGGUCUUCUAAUCCAAAAAAAAAAAAAAGCACACAAUGUGACUACUACUUUGUGUGUGGAUGUUCAUACACCCUCAUAAAGAAGCACUGAAAUCAUAGCAGGGCGCUUGGAUUUGCAGUUUUAUACCACUUUUAACAUUUUUUAUUUAUUGAUGCCAUUUUUUGGUCUUUGUUGACAUAAACCUCAAUAGCAAUCAUGGCUACAAAUAUAUUUUCUUCAGUCAAGCUCGUUUUGGGAAUACCUCAUAUGCAACCGCACACAAACACCAUAUAAGACUCUGAGUAACAAAAAAAAUGUUAAAAGUGUAUAAUAUUAUCUUAAUGUAUUCUCUUAUUUACAUGCAUGUUGUUAAUCAUGACCUGUGGUGUGUGUGUUGUCCCCCCCGACCGAUUAAGUAUUUGGUUUGUGCUUUUAUAAAUUUUAAUAUCACAUGCAAUAAAUGUACAUUUGACUUAAAAUGUAGCCCUUGAUAAUUGGAAAAUACUAACUUGUAUACUGUAUGUGUGUGUAUGCGUGCGUGUGUACAUUUUAAAGGUAAUGACUAUUUGCAUUCUGCAUCUUGGACACAAUGAUGAUUCUCCCUAUUAAAGAUACAAAGUUGUAUGGUGUUUUGUAAUAAUACUACUAAAACCAAUACAUGCUGUUUUGUUUAACACGCAAAAUAUAUUGGCACAUGUGGAAAUGAGUACAGGCUGCAAAAAGGGAACUGAAAAGUGUCAUGUAAGAUGUUUUCCCCUCAAUAAUUAAAAAGAAACGAAUAAUUAUUGUGAAAACUCAGUCGAAUUAAAUACAUUAAAAGGAAAAAGUGCACUGCAUAUACAUGUUAUUUACUGCAUUUCUUCAUACAGUAUAGUGUUCA